CCGGACGACUCCACCGUGGGCCCAAAGAUCCCGCAGGCGCUGGAGAAGAUCCUGCAGCUGCAGGAGAUCCGCCAGGAGGAGCUCAUUACCGUCCCCGGUGUCUCGGGUGAGCCCGAGGGCACCCUGGGGUGGCGUAACCGCAAGCGCCGCAACCGCAAGAAGAAAAAACGGGCCCGGGCAACGCGGGAUGGGGCUGCCCAGUCCGCCCGGGACAGCCCAGCAAGUACCGAGGCCACCGACGUGGAGAUUGAAUAUGUCACCGAGGAGCCCGAGAUCUACGACCCCAACUUCGUCUUCUUCAAGAGGAUCUUCGACGCUUUCAAGCUCACGGACGAUGUGAAGAAGGACAAGGAAAAGGAGCCAGACAAGGCAGACAGGCAGGAGAGCGCUACCAUGCCCAAGAAGAAGGGCUUUGAGGACGGACAGAAGGGCAGCGAGGAUGACAGCUCUGAGGAUGAGCAGGAGAAGAAGCCUGAGGUGCCCAAGCUGUCGAAGAAGAAGCUGCGACGCAUGAACCGCUUCACCGUGGCUGAGUUGAAGCAGCUGGUGGCGCGCCCCGACGUGGUGGAGAUGCACGAUGUGACGGCACAGGACCCCAAGCUCCUAGUGCACCUCAAGGCCACGCGCAACUCUGUGCCUGUCCCCCGGCAUUGGUGCUUCAAGCGCAAGUACCUGCAGGGCAAGAGGGGCAUCGAGAAGCCGCCCUUCGAGCUGCCCGACUUCAUCAAGCGCACCGGCAUCCAGGAGAUGCGUGAGGCCCUACAGGAGAAGGAGGAGCAGAAGACGAUGAAGUCGAAGAUGCGGGAGAAAGUUCGGCCCAAAAUGGGCAAAAUCGACAUCGACUACCAGAAGCUGCACGACGCCUUCUUCAAGUGGCAGACCAAGCCCAAGCUCACCAUCCACGGCGACCUCUACUAUGAGGGCUGCUCCUUCGGGUACCACGCUGGAGGCUGGGGGAAGCCACCCGUGGACGAGACCGGCAAGACGCUCUACGGGGAUGUGUUCGGCACCAACGCCGCCGAGUUCCAGGCAUCCCGGGGUACCUCCGUCUCCAUCCCAGGCACCUUUUUCUUCUUCCUGGGCACCAAAUGCACCCCCAUCUUCUUCCUGGGCACCUUCAUCUUUCUCCUGGACAUCUCUAUCUUCCUCCUGGGCAGCUCAGGCACCUCCAUCUCCUUCCUGGGCAUCCUCGUCCCCAUCCUGGGCACCUUCACCUUCCUCCUGGGCAGCUCCAUGUCCCUCUUGGGCACCCAU